AUGCGCCCCAAGACGAUACUGCUAGGCAUAUCAGGCCCUUCGUCGUCUGGUAAAACAACGCUCUCCCGCCUCGUUCGGACGAUCCUCCCGUCCUCGUUCAUUCUCCAUCUUGAUGACUUCUACUUGACCGACGCGGAAAUCCCAAUCCGCAACGGCGUGCAGGACUGGGACUGUAUCGAGUCACUGGAUCUGACAACGUUUGAAGACUCACUUCGGUACAUCAAAGAACAUGGCCAAAGCCCACCAGAUCUCGUGAGCAAGGAAGAUCAGAACGCUGUCGGUGAGAGUGGUGUCAGCGCCGAGGCUGUCGAGCAAUGGAAGAGCGUCGUGCGCGAGAAUGAGCAGUGGCAAAAGCUUCUUGGGCUAAAUAUAAGCUUGACAGGCAGUGGAGAGGUUCGAGUUGCCAUCAUUGACGGUUUUCUUUUGUACGCGGAAAGCAUGCGAACGAUACGCGAGCUGUUCGAUGUGAAGCUUUUCUUACCAACGACUAAAGCUCUCACAAAGCGUCGCCGUGAAGCAAGACAAGGCUACGUCACCAUAGAGGGAUUCUGGGAGGAUCCGCCUGGGUACGUAGACGACAUUGUAUGGCCCAACUACGUCCGCGAUCAUGAAUUCCUAUUCAGAAAUGGUCUUGUCGAGGAAGAAGUAGACGAGGCUGUAUGCGAGAAAGUACAUAUCUGUGCUAUGCCUCGCGAAUACGCUGAAGACAUGGAUGGCGCACUGACCUGGACGAUGAAUACACUGAAAGAUGCGCUGUCGUCCCAGACCUGA